GGGACAUCUGGCCAACAGAAGGGCAGGAAAAGCAAAGGAGGAGGAUGAGGAGGAGGUUUCCCACCGUCGGCCUCCGACGUCUAGAUGCCAAAUGGCGGCGCGGCCAUGGCUGACGCGGCGGUCUCCUCCUGUUAGCCGCCCCCGACGUUUGGUAAACCGACAGAGGCUCGCGGCUUGCGGGCGCGGGCAGCGGAAGGGCAACGCCGGGGUUUGUGGCAAAGCCGGAGGGACGACGCCUACCAAGUCGGGGACAUGGAGGCUCAUCGAGCUUGCCCAGCCUCUGUCGGCAGCAGGUUUGGAGAGUUUCACUGGCGAAUUCGUGGGCCCUGCCAAUGGCAAGUGCGAGCGGGCGGAGUGCGGCAACGCCUUGAAGCAGGCUCCAGAGCACCCGCAGUAUGGGUGCAAGCAGUGGGGCGGCCACUAGAUCCAGUGGAAGAUGGAGGGCAGGCACUGGAAGAAGGUUCUGGUUCCUGCGGGUCCUCUGCGCUGGGAUUGCGGCCCGACGGUGCGCUCCUUCUGCCGCCGCGGCACCCCGACCCAGAUUGCGACGCAGUGCAGCGAGGUUCCAGAGUUCGACGGAGAGUUUUGCGAGGCGAUGGUCAGCUUAAAGGUGCCUGGCGCUAGGGCGUUUUUCCCUGGCGACGUGGCCAGGGUCGCGCCGCGCGCAUGCAAGCGGAAGCGGGGCCUCAGCUCUGAGGGAUACAAGGACCUGGCUGGCGACCUAAAUGGCACCCCUCACACGUUCCGUUGCUCCAGAGAUGUCUUGCGACUGCCUGCCUACCUGGUGCCACCCAUGAGGGCUUUGCAGUACUCCACGGUGUUUCAUUCAAUCGUAGCAGUCCAAGUGCAUAUUUUCAAUAUUAGCUCAGUCUGCGAAUUUCGUUGUUUUAGUAACGCGCAGUUAACUAGUGUUUGCAGCGUUGUUUCUACCAAUCCUCAUGCUCUGAUACUGUUUGGAUCUCAUUGACAAUAUGCAACAGUAAUAUCUCAUUAGGUUCUGCGUCCUUGUUGUUUG